CUCGGGCACUCACGAAAAUGGUUCGAAUGCGACUUUCUGGCGGUGCGAUCCUUGUGAUCCUCCUGGUCUGGAGUGGCAACAAUCCCAGCAGUGCAAUUCGCAUAGCUGAACUCAGCGAAAAGCAGUUGGAAUGGAUAUCGAAGUCGAGAGGAGUUAACUUCCAGAAUCGCGUGAUCAACGGCGAGGAUGCGGAAUUGGGCGAGGCCAAGUACCAGAUUUCGCUGCAAGGAAUGUAUGGUGAUCACAUGUGUGGCGGUUGCAUCAUCGACGAACGUCAUGUUCUCACUGCGGCCCAUUGUGUUUAUGGCUAUAAUCCCACUUACCUGCGAGUGGCAACGGGAACGAUUCGUUGGGCCCAACCGGAUGCCCUGUACUUUGUGGAGGAGCAUUGGAUAAACUGCAACUACGAUAGUCCCUCUUACCACAAUGAUAUUGCUUUGAUCCGAUUGAACGAUACGAUCAAGUUCAAUGAGUACACCCAGCCGGCUCAACUGCCCUCUGCUCCGUUGGCCAAUGGAACCCAGUUGCUGCUCACGGGUUGGGGAUCCACGGUGCUCUGGGGCGAUACCCCCGAUGUCCUGCAGAAGGCGUAUCUCACUCACGUGGAUUAUCCCACUUGCCAGGAGAUGAUGAACAACGAUCCUUCGAACGGACCCUGUCACGUCUGCACUUUGACGGACGGCGGACAAGGAACCUGUCACGGAGACUCCGGAGGUCCUUUGACCCAGAAUGGAAUCCUCUACGGUUUGGUUAACUGGGGUUAUCCCUGCGCCAUUGGCGUUCCCGACAGCCAUGCCAAUGUGUACUACUACCGGGAAUGGAUCAGGGGCAUGAUCUCCGGACCCUGCAGCUCCUGCCACUGUUACGCCAGCAAUUAUCCCAGUCUGUGAUAGUUCGCUAUCUGAUUUCCUUACUACGAGUAAGUUAUCAAGUGGUUUACAACAGAGUGUGCAUAGAUAAGGGGAUAAUUUGAAUAAUGUCUCAGGAAAAGGAAGAGUUGGUAAUAUUCAUGUUACUGAUUGAAUGGCAAAAUGAUUUAAACUGUACUGGUUAUUGUUUGAAUAAAAUUGAAUAAUAAGAA